GUGUAAACAGAGUCUUGUCUCGGUGUAUUUUAGUGUUGAUGAUGGAUGUGAGGUGCUGUAAAUCAGUAGGAACUGAUCUGUCCAUGCUGGAUAUUGAUGAUUUCAUCACAGAAAUCUCUCAGCUGAAGAAAGAGGUGGCGUUACUGGAGACAAAGCUGAGGUUAAGAGGAGAUGAAGGACUGAAGAGAGAGGACUCCGAGCUCAGUCUGACUUUACUCUGUUAUACUGAGUCAAAGCCCACAGACGCUCAGGACACUACAGUGUGUGACAGUAAUCAGGGCUUACAGGAUGAGGAAUCUACUGAUCAAACCUCCACAGAGUCUCUGGAUUCUGUCUGGAACGCUGGAGAACAGCAGCAGAUCCUGCAGACCACAACCAAAAUUUGUUCAGUCAAAGUCACCGACUGCACAAACCUCAUGAUGAAGAUCAAAACUGAACCCAGAGCAGAUGAAUAUGAAGAGAAACACAAUGAUGGUCAUCAUUUUAUUCUUUCAGAUGUGAAGAGUGAAUUAUGUUUGGAUGAAGAAAUAAAGUCAAUGUCCCUUUCCUGCAUCACCGGUGGAGAGACAUUGAGCUCACAGAGACAUUUAGAGAGACAACAAACAGAACAGAAACUCUGCACCAGAUCUAAGAUCAGCUUUAAUACCUUACAAGAGAAGAGACUUCAUUCACAAGUGCACAGAGAGAAGAAGAAGUUUGAUUGUGAGCAGUGUGGGAAGGAUUUUUUCUUAUCUCAGCUAAAGGUUCACAUGAGGACACACAAUGGUGAAAAGUCUUUCUACUGCACUGAAUGUGGCAAAUAUUUCAGCACCAGAGGAAUCCUUGAUGUUCAUCAGAGAAUUCACACAGGAGAAAAACCAUACGAGUGUCCUCACUGUGAGAAGAGAUUCAGCUACAAACCUUAUCUGAAGAAACAUGUGCGUAUACACACCAAUGAGAGACCGUAUCAGUGCAGUGAAUGUGACAAAGCCUUUAGGGAUUCAGAUUCAUUAAAAUCACACCAGAAUAUUCACUCUGGAGAGAAACGCUAUCAAUGUUCACACUGUAAUAAAAGUUUUGGUCAUAAAUCGUAUCUGGAACGCCAUAAGAGAAUUCACACUGGAGAGAAACCUUACUUCUGCUCUCACUGUGGAAAGUGCUUCUCUGAUCCAAGUACUUUUAAAAUCCACCAGAGGGUUCACACUGGAGAGAAACCUCAUCACUGUAGUGUUUGUAAGAAGAGUUUUAAUCAACGCCACCAUUUGGUGGCACACCAGAGAAUUCAUACAGGUGAAAAACCUUUCAAAUGCUUUCAGUGUGAGAAGACGUUUACUCGAUUAGAUGGCCUGAGGACCCAUGAGAGACUUCACACUGGAGAGAAACCUCAUCACUGUAGUGUUUGUGAGAAGAGUUUUAAUCAACAUCACCAUUUAGUGAAUCAUGAGAGAACUCAUACAGGUGAAAAACCUUACAAAUGCUUUCAGUGUGAGAAGUCAUUUGCUCAUUUAACUUCCUUAAAAGUCCACCAGAGAUUUCACACUGGAGAGAAACCUUACGUCUGCCCGAUCUGUGGAAAGAGCUUCACUACUUCAUCUCAAGUUACAGUACAUAAGAGAGUUCACACUGGAGAGAAACCUUAUCACUGUAAUGUUUGUGGGAAGAGUUUUAAUCAACAUUACACUUUAGUGUCACACCAGAGAACUCAUACAGGUGAAAAAUCUUACAAAUGUGCUCAGUCAGCUUUCUUAAAGGGGUCAUAGCAUGAAAAUGUGACUUGUUGUUGUUUGAUGUUUUAGUGUUAUAAUUGGGUCCCUGUGCUUUUUCAACCUAGAAAAUGCAAAACAGAACAAUGCGGUUAUUAAAGAACAACACUGGUAUUUAGUCACACUAGACCUUAUGUCACUGCAUCAUUAUUACUGCUAAAAGAUUUUAAAAUAUGAAAACUACAUUACAGGAGCUUUCCAAUAAUAUAGUUAGUCAACAUUAUUUCAGAUUUUUAAUAGGAAAUACUGUUAUGAAUAUACAAUAAUUACUAAGCAUUUUUAUGGGGGGUUGUCAUGUAACAAAAAACUCACUAUAAUAUUACUUUUCUAAAGUAACGAGUAAUGUAAUGUAUUACAUUAAACAUACACAUUAAUAUUUGAGUUACUUUUUUAACAAAGUAAUGCGAGUUACUUUUCAGUUUAAGUAAUUUGAUUUAAAAAAAAAAAUACUGAAUUAAACUGUUACGCAGAAGUACGCACUCUAUGCGUGCACGCCUGAGCAGAAACAGAUUAAAUCAGAAACGGAGAUGGCAGGCCAGAGCUUGACAUUUUUGCGAUGGAAAUAUGCAAUUUCGGAAUGCAGAACUUUUCAGUCAUAAAAAAUAUCUUCAAGGCCUGAAAAAGAUCAAGCCUCAGCCAAGUAAGAAAAAGUUACACAAAAGUGACUUAAAAGCAGAGGUGUAAAAAGUAUUCAAAAAUGUUACUCAAGUGAAAGUACACGCACGGAGUGUAAAAUUUUUUCUCAAUUAAAAGUAUCUGGCCAGAAUCAUACUUGAGAAAAGUAAAAAAGUACAACAUUUAAAUUGUACUUUAGUAUUAAAAAGUAAAAGUAACAGGAAGAUUCUUGUUUAAGCUUUUAAUCUCUAAAAACAUGAAGUGAAUGAACCACAUACAAGGUUUUUAUACUGCUUAACUGUUUGUAUUUAAUUGUAUUUAUUUGUCAAACUAUAAGACUACUACCUAAUUUUAAUAUGCAACAUGCUACUCAAAGUUGUAAAACCUCGAAUUUAACUUGAGCAGAAGCUGAUUUUCAAAAUUCAAGCUUUGUCAAGCCCUUACAGGCAGCUGCAUAUUAGACCUUGUUCACACUGUCAGUACAAAUCCGAUUUUGGUGCAUAUCUGAUAGGAAUCCAAUCACAUUAAGAACAUGUGAACGACCAAAAACCACAUGAAAAUAGUUCAGAAAAACUGUUUCAGGCUACAAUUAGAGGCUGUUUGCACUUAACAUGCGUUUUCUUAGAUUGGAUCACAAGUGGACGAAGUUAAUGCCAGGUGUACACAUGUUCAAAACGUUUUGAACGCGUCCACUUUCGACUACUUUCAGCCACAUUCAGAGGUAGUCGAAACCACUUUCAAUCGGUCUGCUUUUGUGGUGUAAACGCACAUGUGGUUGAAUUUGUUCGAACAGCCACACGCGACCGCCUUCUCUCCGCCCAUAUAAUCUGAGGUACUAAACACAAUGUUUUACGUCUUUUCUGACUUCUGGCGUGAACACACGGUGCACAGCACUAUUUUUAGCCUUUCAUUGAUAAAACUAAAGCAUCUGAUCUCCGCAGUUUAAGUUUGCAAGCGUGUGAAAGUUGCGUGAUCUUAUUUCAUCAAUUGCGCUGAAAAUUCAGAGAAAGCUUUAACAUAUGCAUGUACAAAACACUGUGCAGCAUGUUUACUUACAACACAAGCAGCGGAUUCUGACAUAAUAUUAGUUUGCGUCCAUAUAAACUCAUAAUUACUCUCGCUCGCGUUUAAAUGACAACAGAGACUCGCCCAGUCGCAACAGACCACCCCCUCACAGUAUUCAAGACAGAAGCGGACGAAAGUGGACAAAAGAGAUCGAUUUAAAUACCAGGUGUAAACCUGAUGUGUCUCUCUCAUCCACUUGUGAUCCGAUCGACGAAAACACAUCUUAAUACCAAGUGUAAACAGCCCCUUAGUGGUGGUUUGAAAUAGUUUUUCAAAUUGCAUUUCCAGAAAUUAAUUUCAAUCUGACCGACCUGAUCGCAUUUGUGUAGCUUUUCGUUUAUGUCAUGCUGUUGUGUCACGUAAGAUGUAAACACGUCAGACAUCGAGGCAGAUUAUCAUGCCAGCGCGAUGUCAUUGCCAUAGAAACAGUGCAGAUAAUCAGGAAAAUGGCAGAAUGCUACAGGACACACAGAUCGGAUCUGAACAGUUGUGAUACACAAUAUGAACAGUGAGUCUGUCAAAUCAGAUAUAAACUGAAGGAUUUCUGGGAGGGGAGGGCCGAGGACUGGAAUUGAGAACCAGUGGCUUAAACCAAUCAAAAUCAUGACAUUUGACAUAAUGACGUAGUUUUAUAAUCUCUGUUAGAGUACAAAUAUCUGUGUAUUGUAAUGUAUGAGCAGAGCGUCUUAGUAACUCCUUGCGGAGUGUUUCGGCUGACUUCUGCUAAGUGAACUGCAAAGAAUUCUCUUCAGUAAAAUUUCUUCUGUUAAUUUCA